UGGCGAUACUAUUUAUUGACCAGUGCACAACACUGGAGAACAACUUGUUGCCUAGGCAACGAGAAAAAAUAUAAACAAUAAAUAAUUUGUGCGAUGGAUUGGGCUGAAGAGCUAAAAAUGACAAUAAGAAAGACCACAGCGCGUAAGGGUCGUCGCUCAAAAAGUCGCGAUGUGUUAAAAGAGGAAAAUCAAGCGGGAUCUUCGUCUAGUGCCGCGUCCACCCACAAACAGAAUAGAGAUAUAUCUAUUGAUAUUACCUUGGAUAUACAUAACGAUAAUAGUAGUCCAACGUCUACAACUCCGACCACAUAUAACAAUGAAUUUGAUUCAAGUCGGCCGCCCAUCAGGCGCGUUUCAGGUGGCUGGGCAGAUUCUGGCUUAAAGGGACUUAAAUCAAAGAAGAAUUCAUUUGAUGACGAGCGCUUUCAAGUGAUAAAAUCAGCAACAAGUUCUAUACCUACGGAUGAUAUACCCAUUAUACCCGAUUUAGACGAUGUCAGAGAUGAAAUCUUACUAAAUGAAAUUGUUGAGCCAGCUUCAAGUAUCGCUUUUAGUCGCGAUGUCACAUUUAAAGAGUUAAGCUCCGAUCUGCUGUCACAAAAUGCCUUUUCAGCUAUAGAAGAUGUCGACUUGACCAUAUUGACACGUUGUUUACAGGUCCAAGAAAGUUUGGAUGAACCGGAUGAAAUUUGGGAAUGGGAUAAGCUCUUUACUGAGAUAACUGCUCAAAUAAAUUCGGACAAAACAUUGAAUGUUGGUAUGCCGGAAAAAACAGAAAUUGGGCCCGACGAAGUGCCGCCAACGGCUAAAUAUAAUUGACUCAAUAUAAUAUAU